AUCAAAAUGACUAGCUCUAGCAGUCAUGUAAGUGCUUUAUGAUCACAAGUUUCAAAAGUUAUACAAGUGUCGGUGGUAUGUUUAAGAAACACAACUUUUAAAAGUUUUUCAUUCUUUACUAGUGGAUUAAAAUGUGUGUUUGUUUAUCUAAAUAGAUCAUUUGGCCAUUUCAAAACUCAAAUGGGCAACAAAAAUGACAAUUAACAUAGCAUAUUGUAAAGUUGAUUUAUGCAGGUAUGAAUAAGGUAACCAACCACAUCAUUACUAAUGUUGGAUUUUAUGAAAAGCAAACUAGUCCCACUUGUUGUCACCAUUAAAUUUGGAUUCAUAUCAGAAUAUUUCGAAAUUUAUACCUAGGCUUUGGAUUCGAGAUUUCUAGAGCUAGCUUAUAUUUUGUAUUAGUCAAUUGAUCUAAUAGUCUCCAAUGUGCCAAGGCUUGAGAUUGAGAUGUUGAAGCUGUUUCUUGCUCCAGUAAAGCUCAGACAUUUUGUCAAAUUCUGCAAUUCAGUUUUAAAGCUUCAAACGAAACUUCAGUUCAUCAAUCAAUCCAUAAAGCAUUAUUCUUUACUUCCCAGAGUAGAUUACACAUGUAACCAAGAUGUUUCCAGGUCAAAUACGAUUAUUUCAAAGCUAAGCAAAGAGGGUCAGGUUGAUGAAGCAAGGAAGCUGUUUGAUAAAAUGUCUGAACCAGAUGUGGUGUCAUGGACAGCGAUGAUUUCAGGUUAUAUAAGAUGUGGGAAGAUUGAUAAAGCAAGGGAAUUAUUUGACAGGACUGAUGCAAAGAGAGAUGUUGUAACUUGGACAGCUAUGCUAGCUGCCUAUGCCAGGAUGAAUCGGAUUCUUGAGGCUGAGAUGCUUUUCAAUGAAAUGCCUGAGAAGAAUGUGGUUUCAUGGAAUAGUUUAAUUGAUGGGUAUGCAAGAAAUGGUAGAAUUGAUAAGGGUUUGGAAUUGUUCUGGAAGAUGGGGGAGAGGAAUGUGGUUUCUUGGAACAUGGUUAUAGCAGGAUUGGCUCAGAAUGGGCGAAUCAAUGAGGCAAGAGUGCUUUUUGAUCAGAUGCCUGAGAAGAAUGUGGUGUCUUGGACUACAAUGAUAGCAGGGUUGUCAAGGAAUGGGAGAGUCGAGGAGGCUAGAACACUUUUCGAUAGGACUCCUGAACGCAAUGUGGUUUCUUGGAAUGCAAUGAUUACUGGGUAUACACAAAACUCGAGACUUGAUGAAGCGUUUGAACUGUUUGAAAUUAUGCCAGAAAAGAUCGUCUCUUCGUGGAAUACUAUGAUCAUGGGAUUCAUCCAAAAUGGGGAACUCGGCAGAGCUAGAAUAUUGUUUGAUAAAAUGAGGCAGAGAGACGUGGUUUCUUGGUCAACAAUGAUUAAUGGCUACAUGCUAGAGGGAAGAAGUGAAGAAGCACUAAGAAAUUUCUGUGAAAUGCAAAUGGAUGUUUUGGUGAAACCAAAUGAAGGAACUUUUGUGAGUGUUUUGGGUGCUUGCAGUGACUUAGCCGGUCUUAGUGAGGGAAUGCAAAUUCACCAAGUAAUUAACAAAACAACAUAUCAGAUGAAUGAAGUUGUCAUAUCAGCACUUAUAAACAUGUAUUCAAAAUGUGGAGACGUAGCAACUGCAAGGAAAAUAUUUGAUGAUGGCCUGAGAGGCCAGAGAGAUCUGAUCUCUUGGAAUGUUAUGAUUGCAGCAUAUACUCACCAUGGUUUUGGAAGAGAUGCAAUCAAUCUUUUCAAAGAAAUGCUGCAACUGGGGUUCAAACCAAACGAUGUGACUUACGUGGGAUUGCUUGCUGCCUGUAGCCACUCAGGUUUGGUGGAGGAAGGGUUAAAGUACUUUGAUGAGCUUUGUAGAGACGAUUCCAUAAAAUUUAGAGAGGACCAUUAUACAUGCCUUGUAGAUCUCUGCGGCCGAGCUGGAAGACUCAAAGAUGCCUUGGUUGUUAUUGAACGGCUUCCAAGAACAGAAUCAGCGUUCAUUUGGGGAGCUCUUCUUUCAGGUUGUAAUCUUCAUGGAGAUUCAGAAACAGGAAAAUUGGCUGCAAUGAAACUAUUAGGGAUCGAAGCUAAAAGUUCGGGUACCUAUUUGUCGUUGUCAAAAUUGUGUGCUUCAAAUGGAAAGUGGAAAGAAGCUGCAAAGCUGAGGACACAAAUGAAGGACAUAGGAUUGAAGAAGCAACCAGGUUGUAGCUGGAUAGCAGUUGAGAACAGAGUUCAUGUAUUUUUAGUUGGUGAUACAUCUCAUUGUGAAACUGAGGUUAUUCACUCAUUACUUGGAAACCUUCAUAUGAAAAUGAAAAGGACUGGUUUGCUCACCAAUAGAUGAUUCUUCAGAGCUAAUCAAGAAUUAGUGAUGAUGGUUUGAUUGAGAAACUGAAGCAUAUAUUGUAUCAUGUUGUGAUAUGCAGAGUAGUGAUGCCACCAAUGACAAGGAACAGAUCAUACAAUAAUACUCCACAGCCACAUGCUAUUGAAUAUUAUGCUCAAAGAGCCACUAAGGGGGGCUUUAUCAUUUCUGAAUCAGGUCCCCAAAUAUGCCUGGAAUUUGGACUGAAGAUCAAGCAGAGGCAUGGAAGCCUAUUGUUGACUCUGUUCAUGGCAAAGGUGGUGUCUUUUUUGCCAGCUUUGGCAUCCAGGGAGACUAUCCGAUUCAACUCUCAACAAUUUCCUUAUAGCUUGGAAUGCAGGCAAUAAAUUCAUUAAAUUAACUUGGAUUUGAUACAUUGCUAGCUAGAUUCUACGUUUGCUGUGAAGAUAAUUUGGCCUAGCCUCUUUAUAUAGACUUAGACAAUCCUUGUCCCGUGAGCUAACUAGCUUAUUGUGCUGCCUUUGUGAGCUAAUGGUGGACAUCUUUCAGUUCUUGAGUUUAUUUUUGCGAUUGAGUUAUGUUCAAGAUCCAAUUUUUGAUAUAUUAACCUAAUGGAAUAACAAUAA